AUGGAGCCAGUCCCCGAGACCGAGCGCAUGGAGGAGUUUCGGCAGUCCCCACUGCCUACUCUACGCCUUCAAACCCCCAUGACCGCGAUCCAUGGCGGCGAUGGCGAUGGUCUCACGAGGCUCCAGGCCCUUCGCCGGCUGACUGACCCUGCGCCCUCAUCCCCCAAAUCGCCCUCGUGGUACUCAUCCUCCAACAGCGUCCCCUACCGUCCAAGGACAACCUCGCCUCUUUCGGGCCCCUUCUCGCUCGCCAAACUCGCCCAGCCGGAUCCGUAUCCCUCGCAAGAUAGCCGACGAAUCAUUUCCCCCGUCUCACCCGUCCGCAUGACCGUUCUCGAGCCGUCCGAGCGAAAGGUUCCGGAAAGAACCAGCUCUCCCGGUGGCCUAACCGCCACUCCCCUGCUCAGAUCACCGUGUCUCGCCACCGCAGACCUGCCUCACCAUUCCGGCACUUUACCACCAGCUCCAUACCAACAUCACGAUUCCCGAUUCCCCGACGCUGAGGAGGCUGCCGUAGAAGCUGAGCGGCUGGCACGGCUCAAGGCCGACGCAGAAGCUGCUGAGAGCUCCGACUCGUCUACUGAAUCCAAAUCCCGGUCUAGCCUUGAUGUUCCCACUCGCGGGCGUACUCUGAGUUUCGGCUCCAGAGAUAAGCGGAAGCGGUGGAGCGUUUGCGGAGCUGAACGGCGAGGUGAUCUUGACCUUGAAACCAUCUGGGAGGACUAG